CCGAGCUGCCGCUUCAGCCUGGAGGGCGGGCAGGAGGCUGCGGUGGCCCAACCCUCCCUCGGCGGCUCUUGGCUCCCCAGGCAGGCAUGGCGACCUCCACCACCUCACACCGGCCCAUCAAGGGGAUACUGAAGAACAAGAGUUCCACUGCUUCCUUGGUGACUGCCUCUGCCCAGCAGUCGGGAGGGACAUUACCAGAGGUAAAGAGAAAAAAGUCCCAGAAAUGGGACGAAUCCAACAUCAUGGCCACACAACGUCCAGCCUACAGAGACUACGAUUUAAUGAAGAUCAACGAGCCCAGCAGCCCCUACUUCAGCCCACAAGACGAUGGAGAAGAGCCAGUUAAUGAUUUGGAAGCAAAGGAAGCCAUGACCCCAGACAUCUUAGCCAAGAAAUUAGCCGCCAGUGGUACCUCGGAGUUGAACUGCCAGUUGGGAGAGCCGGAGAGUGACGGGGCACACAGCAGCAAGAUCCUACUCGACAAGCAAGAAAAGCAGCGGCAGGUCGAAAUGAAAAGGAAACUACACUAUAACGAAGGACUGCACCUCAAGCUGGCUAGACAACUGAUCUCCGAAGAGUUCCAACAAGAGAAAGACAAGGAUGACAACGAAGAAACUCUAGAUGACGACAACAACGAAGGCAACACCGCUACGGAAGAAUCGGAUGAAGGUCCUACAAGUGACGAACUGCAAACCCAGUCAUUCUCUGCCUAGACAACAUCUGCUCUGCCCUGCCAUCGCUUGCCAUACGAACUGCUACGAACUGCUACGAACUGUUACGAACUGCCACGAACUGCUACGAACUGUUACCAACUGCCACGAACUGCUACGAACUGUUACCAACUGCCACGAACUGCUACGAACUGUUACGAACUGCCACGAACUGCUACGAACUGUUACCAACUGCCACGAACUGCUACGAACUGUUACCAACUGCCACGAGCUGCUACGAACUGUUACCAACUGCCACGAACUGCUACGAACUGUUACGAACUGCCACGAACUGCUACGAACUGUUAUUCCAACACGCUGCUGCUUGCUUGUCGAGUCCCGGCUUCCGGUACUGAAAACACCUAUCAGUUAAACUGUACCUCCAUAAUUCAGUGGUGAAUUUAGAAAAUACACUGGCGGCAAAACGGU